AUGGAGCAGUCACAGUGUGGCAGUAGAGACCGCAGCCGCAGCGGCCCACUCCACCUGGCCCCGGGACUGCUGGUAGCGGCCCCUCCGCCCCCGUCUCCAGCGUUAGCGGUACCCCCGGGGAUACCUGUUCCUCCAACUUUCCUGCGCCCGUCCAGCCUCUUUCUGAGGGCAGCCUCCAGCGCGGGAAGUGGAGGAUGCCCGCCGCCUGCCGAACUGGAAAGGGGGGUGGGCGCUGUGGCCGGUGGCUACCCACGGACACCCAAGUGCGCCCGUUGUCGCAACCACGGAGUGGUGUCAGCCCUCAAGGGCCACAAGCGCUUCUGUCGCUGGCGGGACUGCGCGUGUGCCAAGUGCACCCUGAUCGCCGAGCGCCAGCGUGUCAUGGCCGCACAGGUGGCGCUGCGCAGACAGCAGGCCCAAGAGGAGAGCGAGGCUCGGGGGCUGCAAAGGCUUCUGUACCCUGGACCCUCAGGGCCAGGGGGUCGGUCAUCCGGAGGCAGCAGCAGAACGGAGACUUCCCAGACGACCUCAAGCGGCCCUGCAACGGUCCCUGCUCUGGGACUGAGUGCCCCGAGACAGGCUAGUGGUCUGGCGACCCCUGUUUUCGAGAUUUUCCAGCCAGAUUAUAUAGAGGAAAAACAAGGACAAAAGGAGAGUAAAUGUGACUCCUGCCAGAGUGGACAAGAAGAACUGGGGUCUAAAUCCCAUCAGUUUACCCUGAGAUCAUCUCCUAAGUCUAAUGAUGUUGCUGGAAAACAAAACAUCAGGUCAUCUAUUUCAGAAAACCCAAACAAGGAUGAUAGCAUUCAGUCUCUUCAUCCUGGGGAGCAGUCAGGAGGGGAAGAGAGUCCCAGGUCCCUGUCAUCUUCUGAUUUGGAAUCAGGAAAUGAAAGUGAGUGGGCCAAAGACUUCACUGAUUCUACAGCCAGCCAUCCCACUGUGUCCUCUAGACCAAGAGACCCUCUUGAUAUCCUUACCAAGAUUUUCCCAAGUUACAGACGCAGCAGGCUAGAAGGCAUUCUGCAGCUCUGCAGAGGGGAUGUGGUCCAAGCUAUUGAAGAGAUCCUAAAUGGAAAAGAACAGAAACCAGACACCAGGGACCUAGCAAAUUCAGGAGCAUUGGAAAACACGGCUUUUCCGAGAGUUUCGAAUUUUAGUUUAGCUGGGAUUGGUUUUGGAACUCUAGGAAAUAAAUCAGCUUUCUCUCCCCUUCACACUACUUCUGCUUCUUAUGGAGGUGAUUCAAGUCUCUACAGCUUAAAUCCUAGACUGGGUAUCAGUCCAUUUCGACUGGCAUAUUCCUCUCCAGGCAGAGCGCUGUCUGGUUUCGUCUCUCCCUAUCUGACUCCUGGGUUGGUACCAGCAUUGCCUUGUAGGCCAGCUUUGGAUUAUGCUUUUUCAGGAAUGAUUAGGGAUUCUUCUUACCUUCCCAUCAAAGACUCAGUAACUGGUGGCAGACUGUAUUCCAGGCCAAAUCAGAGCAACCUAUAA